UGCAGUAUGGGAGGCAGCUGGGAGGAUAUUAGAUGGAUAGACAAAGCCCUGUGCAACCAACACAGCUACCACUGUCGGUGAAGGGCAUAGGCAGGGCUGGAAGACUUGGAGGAGCCGGGAAACUGAACUGGAGCAGGGAGGUGGACUCCUAGAUCUCUUGACAGGUGCAAAGUCCCUUCUUAGGAGCCUCAUCCUCAUAAGAUAACCUUAUCAGGGGCCUUGCGGGCCCCCUCCCUCAGAGAGGACUUUAGUCUACAGUAGUCACCUAAGCCGCACAGACGCUCACUGGGGCAGGGAGUGUGAGGGAAACCACUUUUCGGCUCACACACAUCAUGGAGCCAAGUGGGGUCCAGCUCCGGAGAAGAGACAGGUUGGGAAGGGAACAAGGGAACAACUUUCCCCUCAAAGAAAGUACCAAAGAACAUGCAAGUCCGGACCUGGUGCAAUUGACAAGGCAUAUGGAGGCUGUGAAAGCAGAAUUGUUGGAGCAAGCCCAACAGCAGCUGUCAGAGCUGUUUGAUCGGGCCAUGCGGGAAGCUGUGCAAUCCUACCCACCUCAGAGGUGGGACCUAGCUCCAGCCUCCCAGGAUUCCCCCAAAAGAGCCCGGGAACCAUUCCUGGACAAACAGAAAGUUUUCAUCCACCGAAAGUCACUGCUUGACGAGCUGAUGGAAGUUGAGCAUUUUCGAACCAUCUAUCAUAUGUUCAUAGCGGGAUUGUGUGUCUUCAUCAUCAGCACACUGGCCAUAGACUUCAUUGAUGAAGGAAGGCUAGUGCUGGAGUUGGACCUGCUGAUCUUCAGCUUCGGACAGCUGCCCCUGGCCUUAGUGACCUGGCUGCCCAUGUUCCUCUGCACACUCCUAGCCCCGUACCAGGCUCUGCGGCUAUGGGCUAGACCCAGGGGCCGUGGGACCUGGUACGUGGGGGCAGGGCUAGGAGCAGGGCUUCUGGCCAUCCAAGCAGGGGUGUUGGGUGCCCUCCCAGUCCACGUGGCCCUGGAAUACCAGCUGUCUCCGGCUUCCCGCUGUGUCCUAGUCUUUGAGCAGCUCCGGUUCAUGAUGAAAAGUUACUCUUUCCUGAGGGAAGCCACGCCUGCAAUCGUCCAUGCUAAAAGAGAUGAGGGUGCCCAAGCUCCCAGUUUCUCCAGCUACCUGUACUUCCUCUUUUGCCCCACACUCAUCUAUAGAGAGAGCUACCCCAGGACACCCCAUGUCAGGUGGAAUUAUGUGGCCAAGAACUUCGCCCAGGCCCUGGGAUGUCUGUUCUAUGCCUGUUUCAUCAUCAGCCGCCUCUGUGUGCCUGUCUUUGCCAACAUGAGCCGGGAACCCUUCAGCACUAGAGCCCUGGUGCUCUCCUUCUUUCAUGCCACGCUGCCCGGUAUCUUCAUGUUGUUGCUCAUGUUCUUUGCCUUUCUCCACUGUUGGCUCAAUGCCUUUGCUGAGAUGCUCCGGUUUGCAGACCGAAUGUUCUACAGGGACUGGUGGAACUCAACAUCUUUCUCUAACUACUAUCGAACUUGGAAUGUAGUGGUCCAUGACUGGCUCUACAGUUACGUAUAUCAGGAUGGACUUCGGCUUCUGGGUUUCAGAGCCCGAGUGCCAGCUAUGCUCAGCGUGUUCUUGGUCUCUGCGGUUGUCCAUGAAUACAUAUUCUGCUUUGUCCUGGGAUUCUUCUAUCCCGUCAUGCUGAUUCUUUUCCUCUUUGGAGCUCUGCUUAAUUUCAUGAUGCACGACCAGCACACGGGGCCAGUGUAUAAUGUCCUCCUCUGGACGAUGCUUUUCCUGGGCCAGGGAAUAAUGGUCAGCCUGUACUGUCAGGAGUGGUACGCCCGGAAGCACUGCCCACUGUCCCAGGUGACCAUCUGGGGACUGGUUACCCCCCGAUCCUGGUCCUGCCAUAUCUAGAGGUCAAUAUGCUUCUACAUCCCUCUGGCCAAAGUCUAGUCCUGGGAUUUUCCUUCAUGGAGUCUUGGCUUCACCACCUCCCCCAGAACCAAAGUGGCACAAACUGGAGUGCCACCCUUGUGGUAAAAAACAUCCAGAGAGCAUAAGACCUGCCAUGGAGUGCCAGGGAAAGAAGUUCAAAGACAUCCAGACAGCUGGGCAGAAAGGAAGAUCCUCUCUCUUCCUCUGCCCCAGGCUCCAGACACAGGACUCUGCCCACUCUCUACCAAUCUAGAGUGGACUUGGGGGACCCUUGGAGGAAUUUGGGAGCAUAAGGGAACUUGAAUGACCCAGGGAGUGAGGGGGUGACUGGUCUGGGGGAGUGUGAGAA